AUGGGGUGUAUGCGUGUGUGCGACGUGGUGGUGGUGGAGAAGAUGUGGGCGGCGCGACUGCGCGGGGCGACUGCGCGCGACUGCUGCGCUCAGCUGCCGAGCUCGACAUUCGCGUGAUUCGUGAUUUGAUGAUCACUCGCGCGCGCUCGCGCACGCGCGCCAGCCCCACUCCCAAUCAUCACACUUUGCUCCUCAUCCACCACCCAUCGCGAAUCGUGAAUCUCGCCCGUCCACCAACGUCGUCGUCUCGAUACGCGCGCGCCGACAGCCUGGUCAUCGCAACCGCCGCCACACCGCGCACCGCGCACCCAGCAUGUCAGAGUUUGCAAAGGACUCGCUCUCGCUGCAGGAGACCAACAAGCUUCGCAUCUCGCUCGGCUUGAAACCGCUGACAGAGGAUUCGGACGAUGAGGCUGGCUCUGGCGACGCCUUGCAGGGUCAAGAGGAGCGCGCAGAGGAGAAUUACAGAAAGCGGCAGCAAGAGCAGAAGAGGCAGCGAGAGCAAGAUGAGGUCAAGGAGCGCAUAGCCAAGGCUCGCAAUCGUCGCGAAUUGGCUCGCAAGCUGCAGGGACCUACGCUGGGCGAUGGCGAUGGCGAUGGAAGCGCUGGGAGCAGCAGCACGACGCUCAAGUGGCUCAAGGCGUCUCAGAAGCGCGCCAAGGAGAUUGCAGCUCGUAGGGCCAAGGAGCUGGAAGAGCAGGACGCUGCUGCACUGGAUGCCUAUGGUUCGGCAGAUCUGGCAGGGCUGCGAGUAGCGCACAAUGUCGACGAGAUGGGACUGAGUGUGGGCGGGGAUGGCAGGGUGCUGACGUUGAGGGAUGCAGAUGUGCUGGACGGCCAAGAGGAUGAGCUGAUGGAUGUGGCGGCGGAUCAAAAGGAGCUGGACAGGCUGAAUGCGCAGCGCAGAAAAGGCGCCAAGGGAUACACUGGUCUCGAUGACGACGAUUUCGAUGCGCCGCCUGGUCAGAAGCGCGGCGUUUUGUCCAAGUACGAUGCGGAUCUGGGUCCAGACGAUCAACCAAAGCGCGGUGGCGGUGGCGGUGGCGAUGGCGGUGGCUUCAGGUUGGGAGAGGAUCACGCGCCCAAGCAGGAAGCAGACGAGGAGCGCAAGAGGGAAGCUGCUCGGCUGCUCAAUCGCACGAUGCUCGACUUGAAUUACGACAAGAAUCAAGAGGUGUCGGAUUAUCUCCAAGAAGGCGAUGCUGGCUUCAAACGGCCAAAGAGCAGAAAGAAGCGGCGCACUGCGAGGGUAAAGCUGGAAGACGGUGAGGGCGGCGAGGGCGGCGAGGGCGGCGGCGCGGCGAAGCUGGAAGACGGUGAGGUGCUGGCUGCUGCAGAUGCGACAGCCUCCGAUUUCAAGCCUCGCGAAAUCUCCACUGAGAAUUUUGUAGACGAUGAUGAGCUCGCUGCUAGCUUGGCCAAGGAACGUCGUAACAAGGCCAAGCGAACGAUUACCAAGAUGACGCCGGAAGAGAUUGCAAGGAAUCGUGAGUUGAGCGGUGUGCGGGGGACGCGAGGCGAGGCGCACGCGAGUGCGCAGAGCGACGCGACUGAUGUCCCCCUUGUCGUUGCAGUCGCCGCCCAGGAAGCAGCCGAGUCUAACGACAACGGCAACGACAACGGCAACGGCAGCAGUCCCGCAAACCCGGCGAAAGCAGAAGCGACAGACGGCCUGACGUUUGACGACACGUCCGAGUUUGUGCGCAACAUUCAACAAAGACCUGCCUCACCUCGACCAGCUGCCAGGCGAAGCAGCGCUCGCGGCGGCGCUCGCGCUGCUUCGCCUGUGCGCAGUCCCGAGGCGACCACUCUAGCGCCUACGCCCUCUGCACACGCGGAUGACGUCGAGGACGUCGACAUGUCUCAUUUGGACGAUUUGCCCAUUCCACAAAAAGAAGGAUCCAACGAUGCGCCCGAAUUUGGCGCGCCCGAGCAGUACGUAUCCAGCGGCAUGGCAGCCACGCUGGCAAUGCUUCGAAACCAGGGCAUGCUGCAAGCUCGCUCUGCUGAAGAGAUGCAACGCGAGCAAGCGCAAAAGGAGUACGAUGCUUGGAUGGCCAAGAGGCGCGCCGAGGAUCGUGUGCGCCAGGCGGAGCGAGAGAUGAGCAAAGCGCAGGGAGCGGCAAAGGACCAAGCAACGCGAGAGUACGAGAAUCGCAUGCGGGAGCUCGAAGAUGCUCGACAGGCUCAAGACAAGUUUAGAGAUUACAAGCCAGACAUUAAGAUUGAGUACCACGACGAGCACGGACGGGUGCUGGGCACAAGAGAAGCGUGGAAAAACCUCUCUCAUACAUUUCACGGCAAGAUGCCAGGCAAGAAGCGUCAAGAGUUGAAUUUGAAGCGCAUCGAAGAGGAGCGAAAGAGGGAAAAAAUGACUGCUGGGGAUACACCCACCGGUAUGAGCGGAGCCUUUGCUGCCAGAGCAGAGCGUGCUGGUCAGGCUCACAUGGUGAUUGGUGUCGGAUCGCGCAACAAUGCGCCUCAAGAGUUGGAACUGCUCGGGCCAAACAUUGCAAAGCCGAGCGCGAGCGCGGGCGCGGGCGCGGGUGCGGGCGCGGGUGCAAGUGUUGGAAAGGGCAAGAGUCGUCGAAGCAAUGCGCCCACUCCCCUCGGAGCGGAGCGUGAUGGCCGGUCCGCUUCUGCGACGCCCGCGCCUGAUCUCUCUGGCACGACGUCGAUGGUACCUCGAGCUGCUCAGAUGAAGCCAGCUUUUGCGCCCGUCAAGGCGAAACCGGUGCCGAGCUCAGCGUCAUCAUCGACGUCGUCGAACGCGACGCAGGGAUCGCGCUUCAAGCUCGCGUUUGGGAAGCGCGCCAGCGAUGAAGCGCACCAGCGAUGA